AUGACUUUAACGGGAUGGCGUCGAAUAUUAAACAGAGUUAUCUACAUACCGCAAAGGUAUGUGUUGGGUGUGCUGGGUUUAUUCGCUUUAGCGAAUUCCUUCACGAUGCGAGUAUGUUUGAGCAUGACCAUAACUCAGAUGGUCGUCCAAAGUCAAUCAUCAGAACACAUUAUUGGAGAAACAUGCCCUGACCCCUCUCUCAAUUCUACUACAGAAGUCGCAGAAAGUAUCAGUAAUGAAACAAUGAUUAUUCACCGAGGGCGAGAUCGAUACGACUGGGAUGAAGCAACACAAGGCUUCCUACUUAGUGCUUUCUACUACGGAUACGUACUAACUCAUUUGCCUGGAGGUCUUUUAGCUGAAAAGUUUGGAGGAAAAUGGACGCUCGGUUUGGGAUUAUUGCUAACUUCAGUGGCGACCGCUUUGACUCCGUUAGCGGUUGAUUAUGGAGGUGCCACUGGGCUAUUUAUAAUACGAGUCAUUGAAGGUUUUGGCGAGGGACCAGUGACACCAGCGUUCGUAUUACUAAUGGCAAGAUGGGUUCCUCCGUCAGAGAGAUCACGGUUCGGAGCUAUGAUAUUCGGUGGCGCACAAAUUGGAAAUAUAUUUGGGCCGUAUGUUUCCGGCUUACUCUUAAGUGACGGAGGGGAUUGGGCGAAUGUAUUUUAUGUUUUUGGCGGUCUCGGAAUUAUAUGGUUUCUGUUUUGGGUUUUACUGUGUUACAGCACUCCUAAUUCUCAUCCGUUCAUUUCUGAUGAGGAAAAAGAAUAUUUGAAUAAGAAUGUAGCGGCUUCUGGACUUCACAAGAAAUUGGACCCAGUACCAUUUAAGGCUAUAUUGCGAUCGGCGCCAUUGUGGGUGCUAGUUAUGGCUGCUAUUGGCCACGACUGGGGCUAUUUUACAAUGAUAACUGACCUUCCAAAAUACUUUUCGGAUGUACUGAAAUUUAAUAUUAAAGAAACUGGACUCAUGUCUGCUUUACCUUACAUAGCCAUGUACAUUUUCUCGUUCAUUUUUGCUGGUUUAUGCGACUUGUGUGUUCGAAAGAAAUGGCACAGCAUCGGCACUGGCCGUAAAAUUUAUACAACAGUUUCGUCUUCCGUGCCGGCUGUUUUUAUUAUUCUGGCCUCGUAUUCGGGUUGCAACCGUGCGGCGGCCGUCGGCCUUUUCAUAGCCUCGAUGGCUUUCAUGGGCGGCUUCUACAGUAGCGUGAAGAUCAAUGCCAUGGACAUCGCACCGAAUUAUGCGGGCACAUGUUCUGCUUUCGUUAAUGGUAUCGCAGCCAUUUCUGGAAUUAUAACUCCUUAUCUGGUUGGACUUUUAACACCUGAUCAAACCAUCGGUCAAUGGCGCGUUGCAUUUUGGACCGUAUUUGCUGUAUUAGUUGGAACGAACAUUGUGUAUCUCGUAUGGGGCUCUGGAGAGCAGCAGUGGUGGGAUGACGUCGACAAGCAUGGUUACCCUCCGGGCUGGAAACAUGGACCUCUCAAGAAACGACAAGUCGACAAAGAAAAAAAGAUUGUAUAUCCAAAACACGACCAUUCACCUUUGUCCACGGAUUGAA